GUCAUGUGAUGCCGGAAGUUGUAGGUUACUGGAGGUGGAAAUCACACGUGUGGACUGCAGUGGAGGGAACAUGUCCGCGGCGCUGCUCAGGAAGGGGCUGGAGCUGCUGGGCUCCGAUUCCGGCGGUAUAAAGAAAAGACCAGGAGGCAACAAUCAGCAAGCAGCAUUAAGUAGCCACAAGAUAGGAAUGAAGAAACAGCGCAGGAGACUAAAGCAGCAAGGAAAGCCCCAAAACCAGAAAGCAUCAGCCAAAAACAGAGUGAUCAGAUCGGCCGUGGAGGAGUACAAGAAGCAAACCGCGAAGGAUCAUCUCGCACAGAACCUCAAGUACAUGCUUGGUACACAAGCUGUUGCAAAUCAAGUCUCGUGCCACAAGAUUCUGACUCAGCACUUUGGACGGAAAGCAAAAGACCAGCGUGUCAAAAAGCAAAAGAAGGUGGUAGAAAAGUCUGUCUUUACAGAUCAGGACUUCGAAAAGUUUCAGAAAGAGUAUUUUGGAGCCAGAUAGCAGAGAGGAGGUUCAGUCACCCCUUGGCAGAUAUAUUCCUUUAUUUCAAGUCUUAUGUGUUAUGGGGCAUUAGAAAGGAUGAGAACAUUUUGUGGUGGACUAAAUGAAGCCACCUGGACUGCAUUUCUCUGUAAAAUGUUAUCACUGUGUCUAUAAUAAAACUGGGGGAAAUGUAGAAAUGAUAUUGUCGCUAUGGAGAGAGAGUGCCUGAAACAAUAAAAAGAGCGGAAAGUAAAGAAAUGUGGAUAGAGGGAGGCAUGCUUUCAGAAUGAUAUUAUUAACAAAGGCCACUAUGCUAGUAAAGGGGGUUUCCAGUAAGAUAAAAAAAAAAAAAAAGUCCAGAACAUGUUAAAAGUCACCAUGAAGGAUUUCUGUCCAUUCCCAUGCCGCUGGCCGUCUGAGACGUCGGUCCCUGCUGCUCUACUCUUCCUGUCCGAGCUCAACAUGGUGGAAACGCUAGGAAGGGCCUGCUCCUGCAAUCGCCCUAAGGCCUCAUGCACACGGCUGUGGCCCGUAUUGUGGCCCACAAACAGCGGGUCCACAAUAUGCAGGCAUCGAUCGUGUGUUCCCUGCAUCACGAAUGCGGACCCUUUGACUUGAAUUGGUCUGCAAUCCAGAGCAUCUAUUUAUUUAUUUUUCCCCCGGUGCGGACGUAUCACGGACAUAUUCAAGUUGAAUGGGUCUUGAUCCAUCACGGCUGCCGCACAGAAGUUGCCCUGCAUUGGGGACCGUAAACUUGCGGUCCCCAAUGCAUUGAACGGCCGUGUGCAUGAGGCCUAAGACUGGUUUCACAGUUUAUUUUUCAGAUCCAUCAGAAAAAUGAACAAAAAUAAAUAAAUGAUCCUGUAUUUUAAGCAUCAAUUAUGCACAUUAUGUAUCCGUCUUAGCUACUUCCAUCUGAGAUCCGUUAGCUGCCACUCAGGAUUACUAAAGCAAUCUUGCAUUUUGUCCCAGUGUUGAUUAUCCUUUUGUUUCUCCAUAAUUUUUUAAUCCAUCAGAUGGCUGAUAGCCACGUGCUUUCAACAGAAGACAAUGGAGGUUAAUACAAGUGAGUUAUUAAGGUGGUCCUUCACCCACUGCACAGCCCCAUACAAACAGAUGGGGGCCGUGAGGGACAUGUCAUGUGACUGUUCAGUCAAGAUGGAUGUUUCAUUGAACGCAUAGCCCCCACUAGCUUUAUGGUAUUAGCUCCGAUAGAUGCCCUAACUAUAGCUAGACGAGACCUCUAAUACAGUGCCCACAAUACAAUAUAUUUUUAUUUGAUAUGUUAUGUAAGGAGUGGAAUAAAAAAUGAUCACAAUUCUUAUUACUAUUAUAUUGCCAGUCCUUUCAUUUGUUGUUAGAAUAUAUCAGUAUUUAUUUUUCUUUUAUUUUUAAUGCAUCUGAAAUAAAUAAUGAAUCAACUUUGCAAAUAGUUGUAAUAAAGAGUCUUUAGCACAUUAC